UCUUCAGCAAAACCCACAACCCAUCAAAAUGUUCAAAUUAUUGUCGGUUUGCUUCUUCGCUCUUUUCGCUGUCGCAUUCGGCGCUGCUAAACCCGGUCUCUUGGCUGCUCCAUUGGCUUAUUCUGCACCAUUAGCUGCUGCUCCAGUUGCUGCUGCGUAUGCCGCUCCAGUUGCCGCACCCCUCGCGUAUGCCGCAGGAUAUGCUGGUUACGUCGCUCCUUACGCCAGCAGCUACUCCGCUCACUCGAUUGCCCACUCCGCCGCUUUCCCAGCUGCCUACGCUGCCGCUCCAGUUGUGGCCGCUCCAGCGCCAGUCCUUGCUGCAGCCCCAGCUGUUGCUGUGUUGAAGAAAUAGAGCAGAAUUUGAAAAAGGAAUUUCCGAAAAUAAUACGGACCUUGGCAAUGAAAUAAAGCUGACGAUUAGAAAAAUA